AUGGACGAAAGAGGCAAAAUUAAGGACAAUACUGAAGAGGUGAAAUAUAGAGGUGUUAGAAAGAGGCCAUGGGGGAAAUUUGCUGCUGAAAUUCGCGAUACUUCGCGACAAGGAGGGGUUCGUGUUUGGCUCGGGACAUUUACUACUGCAGAAGAAGCAGCUAGGGCUUAUGAUAAAGCUGCUUAUUCUAUGAGGGGAAAUUUGGCAAUUCUUAAUUAUCCUGAGGAGUAUAAUUUGCCUAGUAGUUCUUCUCAUUUCAACACGGGUUCUUCUUCAAUUGCUUCGUCUUCCGUGCACGAGAGAAAUGAGCAAGUUCUUGAACUCGAGUAUUUGGAUGAUAAGUUGCUCGAGGAACUUCUUGAUUGUGAUCAACAUGCAAAUAAGAGGAAAUGAAGUUUCAUUAACUUCCCUUGUAUCACUAUAAAAGCUAAGUAUUUCGCAUAAUAUCUACUAAUAAACCUCACAUGUACGAGGAUUACAAUAAAAAAAAAAACCACCUUCUGCAUGAAGGAGGGGGACAUAAAAUCUUACCUCCUCCUCGUCCGUAGUUAGAGUUGGAGGGGGCAACUCUUUACAAUAUUGGUGGUGCAUGUCAUGAUAUGGAAUUAUAUGCACAUAAGAGAAGGAGGCUUGAUGUAUAUAUAUUCCAAAUCAUAAUUGUGUGAAUUAAUUAAUGUGUGCUAAUUACAUAGUGGUUUGAUGUGGAA